AUUCGGCUUCGACAUUUUCCAAAAUAUCAGAGGACCGGAAGAUAUUUACUGAUGGACACAUUUCUAUUACAGGAUAUUGCAGCAUGAAGAAGGAGCAAGUUGUCAACUGUCAGUUUUCGGUUUGGUAUCCGAUAUUCAAGAAACACACGAUUAAAAGUCAGAUUCUCCCACUGCCUCAGAAUGUAAUAGAGUAUUUACUGGACGAUGGCACACUGGUAGUCUCUGGGAGUGACCAUAACACACAGCAGACACAUACUAACAACAGCGACUCAGACGCAGAGGAAGACAUUCAGUGGUCAGAUGAUGAGACAACCAGCACUGUCACUGCUCCAGAGUUCCCAGAAUUCAACUCUAAAGUGCUGGAGGCGAUAAACGCCCUGGGUGGACGUGUCUUUCCCAAACUUAACUGGAGCGCCCCACGGGAUGCUAACUGGAUUGCUCUGAACAGUUCCCUGCAGUGUCACAGCCUCAGUGAUAUAUUCCUGCUCUUCAAAAGUUCAGACUUCAUCACCCACGACCUCACGCAGCCAUUUCUUGUAUGCAGUGACCAGGACUCCCCAGAUCCAGUCAUAAACUAUGAGCUGGUUCUGAGGAAGUGGAGCGAGCUGAUUCCCGGUGGAGAGUUUCGCUGCUUCGUCAAGGAAAACAAACUGAUCGCCAUCUCCCAGAGAGACUACACUCAGUAUUACCAGCACGUCUUGAAGCAGGAGGAGGAGAUCUGUCACGCCAUACAGGGAUUCUUCAGCCAGCACAUCCAGUACAACUUCCUGGACGAAGACUUUGUGUUUGAUGUCUACAGAGAUAGCCAGGGAAAGGUGUGGCUCAUCGACGUGAACCCUUUCGGAGAGGUGACAGAUUCGCUGCUGUUCACCUGGGAGGAACUGACGUCUGGCGGCGAACUCACACAGCAGCAGGAGGGACCGGCGUUUCGCUGCACCACCAGCGAGGUGACGGUGCAGCCCAGUCCCUGUCUGAGCUACAGAAUCCCGCGGGACUUUGUCGACCUCUCCACCGGAGAAGACGCCUUCAAACUCAUCGACUUCCUCAAACUGAAGAAAAGUCAACAGGAAGAAUCUGAAGAAGAAGAGGAGGAGGAGGAGGAGGAGGAGAACGCUCCACAGUGACACGGUUCCUCUGAAACCUGAAGAACAGCUGCUAGUGUCACCAGCCCCUCCGUAUAACGUUUUCUGCAUGAAGUGACUCUUCACCCUCUGUCCUGUUUAAGCUUAUUCUUCAGCGCAGCCUUCAUCCUCUCACGCUCGUCUGUGAACAGUACGCUGUGUACCCUGGGUUUCCUUCAUAGCUCUCUUGUGUUAGUCUAAUAGAACAUGUUAAAUUAGCAGAUCAUGUUGAUGGCUCUUUGAGGAUUCAUUUUCUGUCGGGUUGUUCUUUGCCUCCGACACUGCGGAGCGCCGUCUUGCUGAUCGUAAUGGCUGAAUGAGACAGUGGAGGGAGGCCUCUGCAGUGUCGAUUAGCCGUUUAUGUCAGUUCGGGGGGCAUGAUUAGUUAUUUUUAUGGGGGGAAAGCUUGUGUUGAUGAAAGGGGAUGUAUUCACUAAUACUGUAAAGGAUGCCUGCUUUUAUACUUUGAAAUAAGUGUGUAAUAUAGUUUAUGUAUCUUCAUCGCAGCCCAGACAGUGUCUCUGGACACACACACAUUUAAUUGUACAUGUUUGUGUGUUGCGAGGCUGUGACAGACCUCUCUAUUUAACACUAAACCUGUUCAUCACCGAGUCACCUUUAAUUUUUCUCCCCAGCAAUCCCUGCUCCUCCAUCUCUCCCUGCCAAUUUCCCCUGAACAGUUUUGACACACUCAUUGCUCCGAGCCGCUCCGGGCGCUCUUUUCGAGUCCUGUUUCUCCCAUCAUGCAUCGCUGUAGACUGUUGCUCCACAAAACACCAUUAAACUUCUUGUCGUGUAUUGGUUCGGCUGUCAGUCUGGUGGGUGCUGUAAACUAGCACAUUAGAAAUUGAUUGUGCUUUUACGCAACGGCUCUCAUUACGCCGGGAGCUAAAUGAGCUGUGCAUGCACAAUGCAGGGCAGUUCAUUUUGGGUUGGGUUUUUUUUUCUCCUCUGCUGAAUUGAUAGAGCAAUUACAGGGAGAUGGAAAGAGCUGGUGUGAUGAGAGUUACAGCUCCCCGGGUGAAAGGCUGUGGACGGGAAACAGUGUACAAGGCACAUAUUGCGGGGAAUGUUGCACAUUAAUCAUCAUUUUAAAAAUGAAAUCUGGCUGUAAACAAACCAGCCAGACCUGGAGGAGGCAUCCUGGUUUGACCUGCGGUGGUGGAGGAUGAGCUUCAGUUUCUGUACGCAGGGUUUUUUACCAGUAAAUAUAAAGCUUAACCAAUGACGAACUCCACUCUGCAAUGAACUAAUGUACACAGAAAAAGAGACUCUUAUAUAGCAUAUUCAGUUUUCUUGAAAAGAUGUACAAGCAGUUGCCAGUUUUUUAGGUGCUCCAAGCUAAAACUAAUGUGGUAUUAUACACAGCAAUGCAAUAAAUAAGGCAGUAGCUCAGUCCAUAGGGACUUGGGUUGGGAACCGGAGGGUCGUCUGUUCGAGUCCCCAUCCGGACCAAAUAUGGAGCGUGGACUGGUGGCUGGAGAGGUGCCAGUUCACCUCCUGGGCACUGCCGAGGUGCCCUUGAGCAAGGCACCGAACCCCCCAACUGCUCGGGGCGCCUGAUCAAGGGCAGCCCCCUCACUCUGAGAUCUCUCCACUUUGUGCAUGUAUAGGUCCUGUUUGUGCAUGUGUGUGUCUUUCGGACCUGUGUGUAAUUGACGAGCAAGAGUGAAAACAUUGAAUUUCCCUUCAGGGGGAUUAAUAAAGUAAAUAAACUUAAACCUUCCUUUAUGAAGGUUAUAAUGUUCAGUUCUUGCUUCAGCUGUCGUAGAGAAGGUGUUGAUUGUGUUAAUGUAUACUGAGAGGCAUUUAAAUAACUGGACAAAACAUCAAAAAACCUUAGGACAAUGCAGACUUGAUCUGUUUUUGCAGGGCUGAUGUAUAAGACUGCAUUAGUUUUAGUUAGGUGUACCUAAUAAACUGGCAACUGUGUGUAUUUUCAUGUAACUUAAAGCUGCAAUAACAAAUAUUUAUGUAUACAAUGGAUCAAAUGACUUCUUUAUAUAAAAGGUGUGGCUCAUAGGGCUAAAGCCACAGAGAAUUAUCAGCCAGUUCUGCAGUGCCCUUCAGCUCCAUGGAGAAUCUCUCAGUUCAUUGUUUUGGUUUUCUGGCCCCAACCCACGGUUCCUAUGAGUGCCAUUUUCAGACAUAUUAACUAUUUUCAGUGACAAAGCAAUUAUUAACUGACUGUAUGCUACAUAACCAGCAUCAAACAGAAGAAAAAGUUAGCAAUUUAUAGGUGAACAUUGUGAAACAUUUAGCUGCUACAGAGCAAGAUCAUUCCCUCAGAAGUCAGGGCUGCGUCUGAACGUCUAUACUAACAUACAAUUUAGCAUGCUUAAACAGCAUGUACGAUGAAACCAAUAAUAUGUGAAUUGAGUUCCUGGUGAAAUAUUACACUAUGUAAACACUGGACACUAAGCUGGCAUAAAUACCCCACAGUGCAAUGGUGGACAGAGACCAAGACUGCUUUGUAAUGACAAUAACGUUUCCAUUUAAGUCUACGAUUUCAUUUAGCUAGGCGUGAUGUAUUUUUAAAAAUUUGUUGGUUGGCGCCAUAGUUGCGCAUCUCCAAUUGCAAGGAUGCUCUUGUCCAAAAAGAUACAUACUGUUUAGGUAAACAAAAGUAUGCUGCGAUCGUACACAUGUUGGAUAUGUAGCACAUAGUACACGGUUUCGGACACAGCACAGAACAGGAUGUGGAUGUAUAAAGAGAACCUGAUACAGUGUUCGAGGUGGGGUCACAUUCAUUCCUACGAAAGUUGUUCAUUGGAACGUAAGGCCAAAAAAAAUUUGAUUUUCCGAGUGUGAAUUUACCUGUAUCAUUUGCAUCAUUGGGCUCACAGAGCAGGCGCACUAAAGACUUUCACAAGCUUAGACGCUAACUGGCUAGCUGGCUAGUAGCUAACUUACAGUUCAGCCUUUACCUAAUUUGAUUGGUGGUGAAAUAAUUUGGCUUUUCUAGACAUAUGAAAUGUUACCGGACCUAAUGAAUCAAAUUCUGAUAGUAAAACAAGUUAUUUUGCAGAGGUUGUGACAUCCAAAAGAAUGUAUUCAAUGAUAUACAGACGUCUCUUUUGACAUGUAAGUCUAAAAGGAAAGCCUUUUUACGGCCAGUAGCAUCACAUGACAGACCCAUAAAUUGUAAUUCCACUGUUUGGCUGUAAGGAAAACAGGCUUCAAAGCAAUGUUAUUUAGCAGCUGUUUGUUGAUAGUUUCCAGCUUGUUGUGCUGCCCCCAAGUGGCCAAAAAAUCAGGUUUAAAGUUAAUACUUGCUACAUACCUUGAGUAUAGAUCAAAACAUGAACAGAUAUUCCUCAGAGGUAGAAAUUAUCUAAUCAGUUGCGUAAAACCUGUAGGUGGAGCCAAAGAAUCACAGUCCUAGAAGGUAAGGAAGGUUAGCCUAAAGCUUUGAAAAACAUACAAAAAAAGGCUAAUUGAAGAGUUCUUUCUUUGCCAAACAAGCUUCUCCGUU